UAAACGUCACGGUAGGCCUGUCUGGAAGAUGGUUCAUCGCCAUCUCGUUCUUGUGAUUCCAAAAUGCAUCUCCACCACGCAAAUAUUCUUCUCCCCAUUCUCAUUAUUCAUGGCCUCGUCCUUGAGGCCGUUCCGUUCGCGGAGGCAACAGUCCUGUCAGACCGAGACGGCUUUCAUAGUUUGAGACCUGUUAGAAGGAAUCCACAACUCUCCAGAAGAAGGGCGGAUCUCAGGCCCGUUCACAGCGCUGAACUGGCCUAUGCAGACGGCGAUGGUCAACAAAGUCCGGCUUUUUUCUCGACUGUCCGGUUUCAGUCGAACAAGCCAGUGCUUGUGCUUGAGCAGAUGGAAGACCUCUUUGCGGAUAUACAGUGCUCCUAUCAAGAAAUCACUAUUGUCUUCCGCACCCCUACGGCAUUUCAUGAGGCAAGACAGAUAUGGAGCAAUCUGGAAAGCGCCUACGUUGUCGCUAGCCAUGCGAACUGCUCCCAAGAUGGCGAACGGACCACAUUCCAAAUUCGCUCUAUCGCUUUUGAGGGAGAGUACAAUGCCGCGAUACUCCAGACAGAGAAAACAACACUGCGAGAUGCCUUCCACAACCUCCACCUGAAGUUCGGACACACCAAUGAAGUACAUCCACUAGCAAAACAGCCCCAGCGUCUGGAUCGAAGACAAUCCUCAGAGGAAACAACGCCAACCCCGACUUCCGCUCCGCUCGACCUGACAGCAACAUCCUUGAUCCCCUCGGACACCUCGACCGCAACCGCCACAUCCCUGUCCAUCAAUCUCACACACGGCGUCCAAGACACAUGGUUCCCAGACACCGUGCCUGGGACCGAUGCUCAGCUCCCCAUCAAAAUCGGCUGUAAGGAAUGCAGCACCGACGGCACUCUGACCCUCGCGCAAGGCGAGUGGAGCAUCCUGUCCCCGUUCGACUGGGAUGGCGCUGGGGACCUGACGGACAUCAUCUCUGCCGGGAAUGUGCAGCUCGACAUCGAGGGCUUCGUUGCGCACGUGGAGAUACAAAUUGAGCCCAGCUUGAAAGGAGACAUGAGUCUGACCUUGUUUACGAUCCCGGUUUUCGGAUUCACGAUUCCGGAGCUCGGGUCGGGUGGGAUCCUCGUCGAGCCAACGCUGUCGUUGGGUUGGGAGUUGUCUGGCGGUAUUGAAAUGUCCUAUGGGUUUGAGCUGAAGAUCCCAAACCUGGCCGUCGACCUUGAUUUUGCAAACCCGACCUCAUCUAACGUGACAGGCCUCGACGGCAUCUCCAUCACCGACGUCCCUUUCCAAGCCAACAUCUCCGACAUCGACCUCUCUCUCAGCCUUUCCUUGACGCCACGGAUCACCCUCGGCGUGGAAAUCCUGGGGGGCCUGUCCGCCGAAGUCGGCACAUCCCUUGACCUUCCCAAGGCCACCGUCGCCAUUACCCAGCUGGCCACGGAUGCCGUUAAUGCUAGUUGCGCAAACUCGAGCGAAGCGCCGGCGUACCAGGCCGACUUUGAGCACCUGUUUCACAGCCUGACGCACGUCGCCAUGGGCGUCGAGUUGGGUGUGGGCUUCGACAUGAGUGCCGAAGUCGACCUGCUUCCCCAUCUUGACUUCUCCAGCUCCUGGGAGCUGGCGACCGUACCCGUGGCCGCACUCCCCACGCGGUGUCUGGCGUUUCAGACAGAUGCGCCAUCGGGCCCGGGCUUUACACCGGCGGCAUCGGCCUUUGCAAAGGUCCAGGCCCAAGCUCUGGCUUCCGCUUCGUCAGCCUCUUCUGCUUCUGCUGCAGCCGCUUCUGCCACCGCCACGAAGCAGGGCGGAUCGGGAGGGUCGAGUGGGCAGGGUGGGCAGGGUGGAUCAGCCAAUUCCGCCGCGAAUGCGGCAUCAGGUCGUAUGGACGCUUGGCUCAACUCCCCGAUGGAAAGAUUGUGCUUCUAUGCCUUUUUGGUCGUGGCUGGACUCUUCAUCAAUCUGUAA